UACGACGCCUGCGCAGUAUGCCAGGGAUGGCGUAUUUUCUUGCACCCAGUAAUGCGGCGUCGCUGGCCGCUGAGGAGGGCGGAGAUUUCUGUGGGGAAGUAGGGGGAGGGCUCCAAGGAGGCCUCGGGAAGAGCCGAGGUCUGAACUAUAAAGUGAGAAAUUGAUGUGGGUACUGUUUGUCUCCGACCGGCGGCUUGAAGUCUGAGAUCAUCGUGGAACCGUCAGCUUUGAAAUUUAUAAAACAUGGAGAAGACUCAAGAGAAAGCUGAAAGAAUUCUUCUAGAGCCCUAUAGGUACUUACUUCAAUUGCCAGGUAAACAGGUGAGAACCAAACUUUCACAGGCAUUUAAUCACUGGCUGAAAGUUCCAGAAGACAAACUACAGAUUAUCAUUGAAGUAACUGAAAUGUUGCAUAACGCCAGCCUACUCAUUGAUGAUAUUGAAGACAAUUCAAAGCUCAGACGUGGUUUUCCAGUGGCGCAUAGCAUCUAUGGAAUCCCAUCUGUCAUCAAUUCUGCCAAUUAUGUCUAUUUCCUUGGCCUAGAGAAAGUCUUAACACUUGAUCACCCAGAUGCUGUAAAGCUUUUCACACGCCAACUUUUGGAACUCCAUCAGGGACAAGGCCUAGAUAUUUACUGGAGGGACACCUACACCUGUCCCACUGAGGAAGAAUACAAAGCCAUGGUGUUGCAGAAGACAGGUGGAUUGUUUGGACUAGCAGUGGGUCUCAUGCAGUUGUUCUCUGAAUACAAAGAAGAUUUAAAGCCACUUCUUGAUACACUUGGGCUCUUCUUCCAGAUUAGAGAUGAUUAUGCCAAUCUACACUCCAAAGAAUACAGUGAAAACAAAAGUUUCUGUGAAGACCUGACAGAAGGGAAGUUCUCAUUCCCCACUAUUCAUGCCAUUUGGUCAAGGCCAGAAAGCACCCAGGUACAGAAUAUCCUGCGCCAAAGAACAGAAAAUAUAGAUAUUAAAAAAUACUGUGUGCAGUACCUGGAGGAUGUAGGUUCUUUUGAAUAUACUCGAUACACCCUGAGAGAGCUUGAAGCUAAAGCCUACAAACAAAUUGAGGCCUGUGGUGGGAACCCUGCACUAGUGGCUUUAGUGAAGCAUUUAAGUAAGAUGUUCACAGAAGAAAAUGAAUAAUAUUUGCCUAUUUUGGUUAGACUCAAUAGCUUCUUUCAGUCAAAAAUGUGGAGUGGCUUCCUGUUUAUCUUCUCAAGUACUAGUCUCCAAAAACUGAGUAAAUAAGGAUGAUGUGGGUGAAAAUAUUUCAUUGUCAGAAUCCCUUUGCAUAAAAAUACAAACUCGAGAGCUAGAGUGAUGGCUCAGUGGUUAAGAGGCUUGCAGAGAACCCAGGUUCAAUUCCCAGUACCCAUAUAGAAGUUCACCACCAUCUAAUCUAGAACUCCAGUUCCAAUGAUCUGAUGACCUCUUCUGACCUUUGCAGGUAGCAGACAUGCACGUAAUACACUGACACACACAUAGACAAAACACUCAUACAAAUUAGAUUUUUUUUUUUUUUAAUUUUUUAAAAACACAAAGUUGAAAGUACCAGGAGCCUUAGAAAUGUCAGACGGUAAAUGUGUCCAACUGUCUCUACUACCACACAUGUUCUGGAUUUAUGAAUAAAAAAGACAUUUUCCAAGAAA